AUUUGACAAUAAGAACUGGAACAUUAGUUUAAGUUUACCGAAGGCACGAAUUCGCAGUCUCAUAAUUCAGUUUUUAAAAUUGAUAAACAAACUAAGUAGUCAUUUAUAUGGCUUAAACCUUAAAUAUAGUGUAACAGUAUCAGCUAUGAGUGAGACCAACUUGUCAGAACACCAUUCGAAUUCUAACCAAUCUAUGCCGGACAGCAGUAAGGAGAGACCGAAACUAAAGAUCCUGGCAUUCCAUGGCUAUAGGCAGAAUGGUGGUGUGUUCCGAGGCAAAAUCGGUUCUUUCCGUAAAGCCGUUGCUAAAUACGCCCAGUUGACUUUCCUUUCAGCACCACACAUAGUUUUGAAUGAAGAUGGGGGUGGAGAUGAUGAUGCCAGGUCAUGGUGGUUUAAUGCUGAAGACAACACAUUCAGUGGUAAAUGUCUUGGAGGACCAGCUAUUGGGUUUGAAGACACACUCAGGCUUGUGGAGAAAGUUGUCUCCGAGCAUGGGCCUUUUGAUGGCUUCAUGGGAUUCUCACAGGGAGCUUGUCUUGUGGGUCUAUUAGCAGCUAUGCAACAGAAAGGAUAUUUACCAUACACAUUCAAGUUUGCAAUAUUUGCAUCAGGUUUCCGUUCUGGUAGUUUAGUUCACAAAGGAUUCUAUGAUGAAGAGAUUUCAUUACCCUCCUUACAUGUGUAUGGAGAAGGGGACUCCAUUAUACCUAAAGAGAUGAGCGAGUCCCUAAUAAACUUGUUCAUAAAGCCAGUAGUGGCGGAACACUCGGGAGGACACUAUGUUGCGUGUUCAGGGGCGAUCAAAGACGCGUACCAAGACUUCCUGCAUGAUCGAUAUAAAGACCUGAUAGAACAUAAAGAAGCAAAUGAUAAAAGAAAUUCAUAGUUAUAAUAGUGUUAAUGUUAAUAAAUGUUUGUUCGACGAAAA